AUGCAAGAACGUGGAUGCCCCCAAUUACGGAUUCAUUCCACACUAGCUCUGUACAUCUCGCUGCGACGCUGUUUGAUUCCGGUGGUGCAUGAUGUCAUGUUAAGACUAUUGUUUGGAGAUCUCAUUGUCGGUUCAAGGUUGUAUUUCCUCAAGGCACUCAAUCCUACGGUUCAACAGUGCGUUCGAGAAUCGUGUGUGGCGAUUGAAACACUUGAGCACUGUUUCUUCUCAUGCCCCGGCUUGAACGAUAUGUGGCAAUCACUGUGGGCGCGAUGGAGCAAGGCGUUCCACGCCGUGUUAAGCUGGAGGCUACUGCUUUUUCCGCAACCACGGGACAUCAAAGCAGAUUGGAAGCAGCAACAUAAAACCAUUUUGCUGCUGUGUAGAGUUCACACAGCAAUUGUGUUCCAUGCUACAUGGCGUCUACGCAACAAUAUCCAUUUUGAGGAAGCAGCAACACAGCAACCAAGCACUCAAGGUUUGAUGAGCUCAUUUCGCCGACAUUGUCAAUACAUGUUCCAGCAUUCUGAAGAGCUGAAACUGGACGGUGAUGCAAUAAACUCGGUGCUUCAACGACUUGGGUUUGAUACACCCAAACCAAUUAGUUUACCCCAACAAGGUUGUCGAAUUUGGAUUCCGCGGCCAUAA